CUUGUGCAAUGUCACUGACGCCCGGUAGCGUCCUAUCAAUCUCAAUCUAGCUUUCAGCGUCUUUUCAAGUCCAUCGCCGCUCCUGUCUCGGAUCACCAUCGCUAUCUCCCGUGCUUAUCAACGUUUCCGUCGUCCCCACCCGAGCUUUCGCUCCAUUAGCCGCCCUUGGUCCGUCCUCCAGCCUCCAGUCUUCUGUCUGGACCUAGCGACACCACGUUUCCUUCUGUAUUGGACCCGAUAUCUGACACGGUAUUGCGCAUUCUGGUCUUUUUGUCUGUCACUACAAGCACGGCGUCUUGAAAAGCAUCACUGGCUGCUACGCUUUGAUCUAGUCACCAACACAGCCAAGCUAUAGGAGGGCUUAAGCCUGGGGUUCGACUUGCACGGUUGCUCUAUCUUGCUUGUUAUUAUACCAGAUUACUUUGCACAUUGACAAAUAAUGAUCCAUUUGACCGUUCCCCGCGUCCUUGCGGACGUAACGCAUUUUUUGUCGAAAUGUGUCCUCAUUGUGGCCAUCCACAGAAACCGGAGCGCAGAAGGUGUCUCCCUUCUGACUCAAAUUCUCUAUGCUCUGGUAUUCCUCUCACGCUACGCUGAUCUGCUUCGAUCAGUCGGUUGGAAAGACGCCUAUCUUGUCAUUUUCAAGCUCUUCUACUUCUCAUCGUCUUUCUACACUAUAUUUCUGAUGAUGAAAGUGUUCCCCCGAACUCGAGAACGAGAAAGGGCGUGGAAGAUGACGUUAGGAUCCGUUGGGAUCUCGUUAGUUCUCGCUCCCAUUGUGCAUCUUAUCUUUGGGGAGAGACAUUCCACACGGCCAUUGUUGGAAGACGUCUUAUGGACAUUCUCUAUCAUUUUGGAGUCAGUUUGCGUCCUUCCGCAAUUGUUACUCCUUCGCCAGACAACUGUGCCUACUGUUAUCAACUCAUACUACCUUUUGAUGCUGGGCUCUUACCGAGCGUUUUACAUCAUAAACUGGUUUGUCAGGGCAGUUGGAUCUGAGCAUCAUGUGGACUGGAUAUCCAUCAUCUUUGGGAUCGUUCAAACGGCUUUCUACGCCGACUUUGCCUGGGUCUACUAUACCCGACAGCGAGUUAAGCUGCGGAAUGGAGGGGUGGUCGACUCGGAAGAUUACCGGAACAGUUAUCUUGUGAACAAGGUGUUGAACAUUAGACGGCGUAGAAGCGAAGACGAAGAAGAGCAGAGACUGCACGACCAGGAUGACGGCGAUGAGCACCAGUCGAGAUAUAACCGAUGGGGUGCACGAGGAAUCUCCGUCUCCGCAGACGACACAUUAGAGAAUCAGCGGAACGGGCGCUCCUCCCCGGCGGAUCAUGAUGCGGGGGGAUUCUCAGAGGAUGAUAGGAACUAG